AAAAAAAAUAAAGAACAAAAAAAGAAAAAAAAAUAUGGACAAAGAAAUUGAAAAAUGCGUUUUAAAAUCAAUUGUGAUUGAAAGAUUUUACUUAUUCAGACACACGUGUUACCAUGACUUCUAAAGCGUGCAAAUCACGUGACUAAAGACAAGCCAACACAAAACAAACAUGAAUACAAUUUUUUUAUGAAACAUAUGUUUUGAAUAUGUCUUAAAAAUGUUCUCUUUGAAAAAAAUUUCUUCCAACAAGUAAAAGUGGAUAACCAUAUGCUUAUAUGAAAACUUUUAUUGCUGCGAACUUUGAAUUAGCUCCAUUUUUACCAAGAAAUGGGGCGUUUAAUUGAUUCGUUUCAAGUUAAAAAUGUACUCCAUGAAAGCUGUAGAACCCUCAGCUUUGACGUUUGACUUAUGAAAACAACAUAUGUUGGUGAGUGUCAAGUUUUAAGGAUCGAAGAUGGAGAACAGUUUGUUGUUUAUUCAUGCCGCGUAAUCGUGACGAUAAAAAAUUUAUAAUCCACAUCCUAAUUGGUCGAUAUUUAACUAUUUGGAAUUGUGAUUGGUUUAUCCUUCAUAUGUGGUUAAUCUGAUAGGUUGAUAGGAAAACACGCAUGAAAAGCAUGGCCUACAGAAACAAUACAAAAGGAGUAUUUAUCACAUCUUAGCUUGUUGGAUCAUUGCUCAAGCGAAAAGAAAAGUGGUGAAAUAUUUUACGUUUCCAAGCUGAUGUUACAGGAAAGAAAAGAAAAAAUCAGAAUGGAAAGGUUAGAUCUAGAAGAACAUAUGCUGAGAGGAGUUGAAAAAGAAGAAGAAGAAGAAGAAAAACAAAGAGAAGAUGAAGAACAAAAAUCCGAUCCAUUUGAAGUUGUGCAAGACUUUAGACCAAGUGGACCUCCUUGGAAUGAAUUGGAUAACAAAGACAAAUUUAUGCGUGUCUUGAUUACCCUGCUUAAAGUCAUUGCUUUACUGGUCAUGUUGUAUUUGUUUAUUUGUUCGCUUAGUUUUUUGAGUUCCGCGUUUCGUCUACUCGGAGGAAAAACUGCAGGGCAAGUUUUCGCGUCGGAUUCAUUAGUGAGCAAUCCAGUUGCCGGCCUUAUGAUUGGCGUGUUAGCAACAGUGUUAUUGCAAAGUUCGUCGACGACGACAUCCAUUGUUGUUGCUAUGGUAGCGUCGGGAAUUUUAAAUGUACGUCCUGCAAUCCCGAUUGUAAUGGGUGCAAAUAUCGGAACAAGUGUUACAAAUACGAUUGUUGCUAUUGGACAAAUUGCCGACAGAGAACAAUUUCGACGUGCUUUUGCUGGAGCUACGGUUCACGAUAUGUUUAAUAUAUUAUGUGUUCUUGUAUUGUUGCCAAUUGAAGUAAUAACUGGGUACUUAUAUCACUUAACAAAGGCUAUUAUAUCAGCGAUGUCCUUACCCGAUCCCGAUGAACCAGGUGACAAAUCAUACAAAAAAGAAUUGCUUAAAAAAAUUACUAAACCGUUUACAAAUCUUGUUAUUCAACUUGACAAAAAAGUUAUCGAACAGAUUGCUAAAGGAGACAAAUCAGCGGACGACAAAAGUUUGAUAAAACACUGGUGUGACAAAGGAAAAACUGUUUCAGUUGUGAAACAAAUCAAUGAAACAUUUAACGCCACAAUGGACACAACAAUUCAUGAACGACAAUGCAAGUUUCUGUUGCACGGCACUGGUUUGUCGGACACAGUUGUCGGCGUCAUUAUGCUACUCGUUGCUUUGGCGAUUCUGUGCAUUUGCUUGGUUCUGAUUGUAAAAACAUUACAUUCCUUGCUAAGAGGUCAAAUUGCUCUGGUUAUUAAAAAAACCUUUAACUCAAAAUUUCCUAAACCAUUUGGUUUCUUAACAGGAUAUGUUGCUAUCCUGGUAGGAGCAGGCAUGACUAUACUUGUACAGUCAAGUUCAAUUUUCACUUCAGCCUUGACACCUUUAGUUGGUCUUGGCAUCGUUCCAUUAAAGAAGGUUUAUCCAUUAACACUGGGUGCAAAUAUCGGAACAACAGCUACAGGUGUACUAGCAGCUCUCGCGUCGUCCGGUGAUCGAUUAGCUUUAGCAUUACAGAUAGCAUUGUGCCAUUUAUUUUUCAAUAUAACCGGGAUAAUUGUUUGGUAUCCGGUUCCUGUUAUGAGACGAGUUCCAAUAAGGUUAGCAAAGCAUCUAGGCAAUACAACUGCAGAAUACAGAUGGUUUGCAUUGGCUUACUUAUUACUGGUAUUCUUUAUCGCUCCUACACUUAUUUUUGCGCUAACAUUGCCUGGUUGGAGGAUAUUUAUCGCUCUAAUGAUACCAAUUGUAAUUCUCGUUGUAUGUAUCUGCGUGGUGAACAUCCUUCAAAAGAAAAAAGCGGAUUGGUUGCCAAGAAAAUUCCGGUCUUGGGAAUGGGCUCCGCUUAUGUGUCGCUCGUUAAAACCGUACGAUAAUGUGAUCUCGAAGGUAUAUAAAGCGUCGUACAAAGUGAAAAGAAAGUCUAUACCUUCCGAGUCUGAUUUGUGAUUGUGGUGAAAACAAACAUAUAUGACUGGAAUGAAAAUGCUCCAUUAUAUUUCUUGAAAUAUAGCUCACCCAUGUAAUCACUCUCUUCAGAGUCGAGGGUUUGGUGUUUAUGUCUAACAACACGAAGCCUAAGCAGUUUUAUUUGUAAUUUUAUGUAGCUAAUUUCUCCGAUAGAAUUUGUAAGUUGAAUAUUUCAAUGCCAGAUUUAAAUUGCCAUGCAAAAAGAUCUUAGCUUGAUAAGAAAUUCAUUUCUAACGCGAGUUUUCUUAGUAAUUAGUUCGGAAAAUUAUUUCUGCUAAAGAAAAGAAAAAAAAAAUUAACUCCUCACUCCUAGCCAUAAAUCAUAUUUUAAAGUUGAUAUGUUUCCCCGAAGCUUCAUGUAUAACUUCAGAAUUGUAUAUUCAGAAAUGACACCUUUUUUGUUACCCACGAGAAAGCGCAUCAGCAAAAUAUCCGUUUUUUAAAUCCUCGCAAAUUUUAUGGGAUUGUUUGGUCAAGUGCGAUUCGCUAAAAUUUUCAUGAAUAUAAGUAUUUUUAGUGCUGAAAGAUGUACAACCAAAUUUUAUUGAGGGGUUGCUUUACACCUUUGUGACUGUUGUACAACCAUCUCAAACUAGUAUUUCCUUUGUAAACUGCACUCACAAUGAGAGACAGGACGUAUCAUAAGCACAGCGGAUAAUUCAGGAUUUAAUGACUAGUUUAAAAAUAAUUAUGUUGCUUAAAUAAUUUUAUUUAACCAUUUCAGUCAGUAUUGUUAAUGAUCAUUUAAGCUGCGUUAAAUCUUUAACGUUUCCAAAUCUGUUUCCACUGUCUCAUUAGGGCGCUAAAUCUGCAAAAAGUAUUUUUGAGAUUUUAAAUCUUUUUACAUCACAGCUGAGAGUAUCACUUUAGCCCGUUUUACACUGCUAAGUACUGUCAAAGCAAAAAAAAAUGUUCCGUCUUUUUUCAACAACGGUAUCUGUUUAUUGUAAAUUAUUAAUUUUGUUUACAUGUAUUUAAAAAUCCUUUAAUAUUAUCAAUAUAUACCGUAAUAAUCCGAACAAGCGCUUGGCGCUUAUUUAAUUUUUGGCUUUUUGCAUGGGCGCUUUUUUUUUUUUAAAAAAAAACCCGAAUAAAAAAUAUAAUAGCAUGAAGGUUAGUCUUUGUAAUAUAAGAAAGUAAAAUUUUCUAGAGGUAGUUUUCGAUUAAGCGCUCCCUUUUAUCAGGCGAGCGCUUAUUUAAAGGGGGCGCUAUUUCCCAUUUGUUACUUUAUCUUUUUGUACUUCCUAUAAAAAAAUAAUUUUUCAUAAAGGAAAUAUAUUUACAUUUUUAGCUAUUGAAUAUGGAAAUUUAAAAAUUCGAGUAUCCCACCUGUCUUA